AUGGACAGAAAGCACUUCACGAAAGUUCUGCCCUGUGGAGUGCCCAAUGGGGAAGCUGUUCAGAUGAACAUGAGGAAAUAUUCAUCAUUUUUACACUUCCAUGAAUCAGACUGUGACAUAGGAGGAUCUUCAGCUUGUGAAUCUGUGCUUUCUCUCAACACUGAAAAAAUUCUGAGUCAAGCGAAGUUGCUUGCAGAGCAAAAACGAUUUCCAUUUGCUACUGAUAAUGACAACACAAAUGAAGAAUUGGCAAUUGCUUACGUGUUGAUUGGCAACGGCUUGUACGAUGAAGCCAUACGACAUUUUUCAACAAUGCUGCAGGAAGAACCAGAGCUGGUUAGUGCAAUUUAUGGACGAGGGAUAGCAUAUGGAAAAAAAGGUCUACAUGAUAUGAAAAAUGCUGAACUUGCUCUGUUUGAGCUCAGUAGGGUGAUUAGUCUAGAACCAGAUCAUCCUGAAGUAUUUGAACAACGAGCAGAAAUAUUGUCCCCACUAGGACGAAUCAGUGAAGCAUUAUCUGAUCUCACCAAAGCUAUUCAUCUACAACCAUCAGCACGGCUCUACAGGCACAGAGGUACCCUUUACUUCAUAUCUGAGGAUUAUGCAACAGCCCAUGAAGAUUUUCAGCACUCCUUGGAAUUGAACAAAAAUCAGCCUAUAGCUAUGCUUUAUAAAGGCUUAACCUUUUUUCACAGAGGACUUUUGAAGGAAGCCAUUGAAUCAUUCAAAGAAGCUCUGAAGCAGAAAGCAGACUUCAUAGAUGCAUAUAAAAGUCUGGGACAAGCCUACAG